UUUGCAGUGCUCACUGCUCUCCAUUUUCACUUCUUUAACUAAGUCAAAAACUAAAAAUGUCAAUUCCAAAAUGCGAAAUCUGCGAUGAUGACUUCUCAAGUGAGGCUGGAGAUCAUAGUCCUAGGAAUUUGAAAUGUUCCCAUACAUCGUGUGAAAGAUGUACCAAAAAUUUGCUGAACAACGGCAGAAUUGUAUGCCCAUUUUGCCGCGAACCAACUGAGAUACCUGGAAAUACCAUUAAAAGUUUGCAUAAGAACUUUUCAUUGAUUCAAAUGAUUCAAACAAAAACUACGGAUGUGGAAAAAAGUUCAGAAAAUUGCCCGCCAAAAUGUAAAGAGCAUCCGUCGAAUCUAGCUGAAUUUGUAUGUAUUGAAGACUAUUGCCCUUUAAAAAAUAAACUGAUAUGUCGAAUUUGUGAGCAUACUGGAAAUCAUAAAGGUCAUACAAAAGAACUGUUAACAUCAAGAGCCGCCGAACUUAGAAGAAUCCUUAAACGCCGUGUUAUGCAUAUUCAAUCCAACAUUCUAAAGUACAAAUCGGAAACAAGUGUGAUAGAAGGAGCCGAGAAGAUUAAUGAGCAACUUCUAAAUAUGAAAUUGAAAGAGAUCAAAGAUCAUUUCGAUCGAAUUCGUCAGUCAACUGGUGAAAAAGAAAAGCAACUAACCGAUGAACUAACGGCACGUGCCACCAAAAUACGGGAGAUGGAUAAUACGACGAAAGCUAACCUGCUUCUCUGGCAACAACAGCUUUCUGGAAAUUCUGAAGAAACUGAGAAACGCAUCGAUAUGAACGAUUUCGAUUUAUAUACCGCGGGAAUUGGAGAGGAUACUUGGUUUUGUUGGUCAUCAACUAAGAAGCAUCCACCAACGGACACAGUGGGAAUGGAUGUCAAACUACCAACUAUUAAAUUUGAAGAUGGAAAUUAAUAAUAUCACGCGUUCGAAAAUGUGCAUGUGUAUAAAAUAAUUUGUUAUCGUCGAUUUGUGAAAACGUUCCAAAAUUUUUAUUAUAAAUCCUGACUUU